AUGAAGAGUGCACUCGCGCAGGGAGAGCAGGGAUACGACCAUGAUAACCUGCGGCAUGUGGUGAUUACAGCCAGUAGUUUCGCGCUGGUAGUCUCAACUCUGGCUGUGGCUUUGCGUCUGUGGUGUCGGCGUAUCACUCGCACCAAGGUCUUCUUGGAUGACUACCUCAUGAUUGUUGCCUUGGUCUUCGAAUAUGGUAUUACGGUGGCAGGGGUUGUUCUUUUGUACAACGGCUUGGGAACCCACAUCAUCUACGUAUCUCCGGACCAACUCGUGGUCUACAUGAAGACCUUAUCGACCGGCACAUUCCUGUACACCUUGUGCAUCACCUUUGUGAAACUCUCUAUCCUCGCGCUCUACAAACGAAUCUUCUCCAUUCGUCCGAUGAUGCAAGCCUCGAACGUGGUCGCAUGCAUCGUGAUUCUCUGGUGUUUUGGGGUUUGCCUCAUCGGGGCAGUGACCUGCAUGCCUUUCAAGAAGCUGUGGGAGCCCAAUCUCCCGGGAGGCUGCAUCAACCUGGCCCAAUUCUACUACGGUCUUCAAAUCCCCAACAUCUUGACUGACGCAAUCAUUCUCGUGUUGCCGAUGAAAGCCGUCUGGAAUCUGCAAGUCCCUCGAUCGCAGAAAGUCAUGCUGUCGGGAAUUUUCCUGAUUGGUACCACAACCCUUGCCUUCGACAUCGUGCGGCUGGUGGUGAUGGUCCAGCUUUCGGAGGCAGGAGGCGAUAUCACCUAUGACCAAGUUACUGCAAGUGUCUGGACGUGUAUCGAGCCCAUGAUGGGGAUCACCGCCGCCUGCCUCUCCAACAUGCGGCCCCUCUUCACCAUGCUGCCUCGCCCCGAGUGGAGCAAGAAUCUGUCCUGGCGCAAGAAUGCCUUCUCCUUGCCUUCCUCCUACCGGUCAAAGACGAAGAGUAUGGAGCAGAAGCCGAGCAUCCACUCCACCACGGUGAUCCGCAUUGAUAGCUCCCGCUUGACCAACUCGAGCACUGCCAGCGAACGGGAGGAGGUUUAA